UGCCCAAAUCCUGAUUUCAAUCGCAAAGUCAAUAGGUGGAGUAUGGUCCAAAGAGCACUUGUAGACGCAAUCAUAGAUUUGCUAGCAGCAGAGGCAAAGGUUUUCUUACAGUCAGACAUUGAAGAUGUGACCAUUAGAAUGAAAGAGCAGUUCAUAAAGUAUGGCAAGGGCAAGAUUGUUAUGGACGAGGAUGAGGAGGAUGAUGAUGAUGAUGAGUUAUGGCUCGCCGAGAACCCUUUCGGUGUUCGAACAGAUUGGGAACAACACGUCUUAGAUCGCGGAGAUCUCAUGUACAGAACGAUGCUUAGGAAAGCCCGUGAUCCUUAAGAUUCUUCGGCGGCGAUAUUUUGGAUUUACAAUGGAGGACGGUUUUGUCCGAUCGGAUAGGUUGUGGGCUCUCAUUUAUCAUAUUUUCCGUUGGAUCUCCUCUAGAACCGUGCCAGCACAUUUUUUUUAUGUACGUGUUAGAUCAUGAAGAUCUUGUGCACAAAACGAUGCUAAGAAAGCCAACAAUUCUGACGGGAUGAAGGUGAAAUUAUUAAGGAAAUUUACAUACAUAAUCACACAAUUUUUAUGUAUUUAUAUA